AUGAACAAAGUUUUGGAUAGAUUCGGUGCGAGUCAUCAAUCCAGACAAGAGUGUCCUAUUUCGCAGAUGAUUUACGAACAAUCGCUUGAAAAAUGGCUGCUUGGUUGUUAUGGUUUACCUAUAACGUUUAGAAAUAAAUCUGAUAGACAACUUCGGGAUUAUCUUAUUGUUAUGC